UUAAGAAUACCGCCCACUCCCAAUCACUUGUUAUUCGUUGACCCCCACCCCAUCCAUCAUCAUCGCCUCCAUACCCAACCCAACACAAACCCUCGUUCUCUUCUCUUCAUUCCCCUAUCUAUCAUCUCAUGGAUUCAGAUCAGGGGAAGCUCUUCAUCGGCGGAAUCUCAUGGGAAACCUCUGAGGAUAAGCUCAAGGAGUAUUUCUCCGUCUACGGCGACAUCCUUCAGGCCGUUGUUAUGCGUGACAAGAUCACCGGCAGACCUCGCGGUUUCGGCUUCGUUGUUUUCUCAGAUCCUUCUGUUCUCGACUCUGUUCUUCAGGAAAAACACACCAUUGAUGGCCGCACGGUUGAGGCUAAAAGAGCCCUAUCAAGAGAGGAACAACAGGUAUCAAAAGCCGGAAACCCUAGCGGCGGUAGGAAUUCCGGUGGUAGCGAUAGCGGUAAUAUGAGGACAAAGAAAAUAUUUGUAGGCGGUUUGCCAGCCACUUUAAGCGAAGAAGGAUUCCGUCAGUAUUUUGAAGCAUAUGGAAACGUAACUGAUGUAGUAGUAAUGUAUGACCAGCAGACUAACAGACCUCGUGGAUUCGGAUUUAUUUCAUUCGAUUCUGAAGAAGCUGUUGAUAGGGUUUUGCACAAGACUUUUCAUGAUUUGAAUGGUAAGCAAGUAGAAGUAAAACGGGCUCUUCCGAAAGACGCCAACCCUGGCGGCGGCGGUGGACGUUCCAUGGGCGGUGGUGGUGGCGGUGGCGGUUAUCAAGGUUACGGUGCAUCAGGGGGUAAUAGUUCUUAUGAAGGUAGAAUGGAUUCUAAUAGGUACAUGCAAUCUCAAACCGCUGGUGGUGGAUUUCCGCCGUAUGGGAACACUGGUUACGGCACGCCUGGAUACGGGUACGGUCCGGGAAAUAACGGAAUGGGUUACAACAGUUACGGUGGGUACGGUGGUGGAAAUCCAGGUUAUGGUGGCCCAGCCGGUGCACCGUAUGGUAAUCCGAAUGUACCAAGUGCGGGUUACGGAAGCGGUCCUUCCGGUCCCGCACGCGGUUCGUGGAAUUCCCAGCCGUCUUCCGGAUACGGUGGUGCCGGAGCUUACGGAAACGCUCCAUGGGGUGCAUCUGUUGCUGGCGGCGGUGGUGGUGGUGGUCCGCAAGCAGCAGCACCUACAGGUCAAUCUCCGAGUGGAGCUGCUGGGUACGGGAAUCAAGGUUACGGUUAUGGCGGUGGAUAUGGUGGCAGUGACGGGUCUUAUGGUAAUCCUGCUGGGUAUGGCGCUGUUGGCGGCCGUGUCGGGAGCGGUCCGAAUAGCAAUUCUACUGCUGGCGGAGAUAUGCAGUCAGGUGGUGGUUACAUGGGAAGUGGUUACGGUGAUGCAAACGGAAAUGCAGGUUACGGGAACUCUGGGUGGAGAGGUGAUCCGUCACAAGCUUCCGGGAACUAUGGUGGUCAGGGAAAUGGCGGGCAAGGCGGCGGCUACGGCGGUUAUGGUGGUGCUCCAGCCCGGCAGGGUUAGCGGCAGUGAUUUUGAUCAUGGAAGAUGCAAAGCAGUUAAUUCUGUUGCGGAUAAUCAUGCCCACAACAGGACUGGUUGGCUUGCUUGAUUCUCAGUAGUUUGCAGUUUAUCUACUUUGCUGGUUUUUUAUUUUAUUUUAUAAUAAGCGGUAUUUUUGAGUAGUAGAGUUGAUUUAUGAUUUGGUUUUUAUGUGUUGGCUUGCUUAUUAUAGUGUGUACUAGAUUUUGUUAUCUAUAAUGGUUAUUAUAAGAUAAUUUCGUUAACUGCUGUUCUGGAUGUGAUGUGGCAAUGUUUGAGGCUUUUAACAGGUGACAGUUAGGAGUAAGAAGAUGUAAACAAGUUGCUUGUAGGAGUAAGGCUAGUUGUAGCGGAUAGUGAUAGCUAUAAUGGUAGUGGUAGUUGAACUUUGAUAAUGGCAUAAUCGUUUGUACCCUGUGGCCUUGUGUUGUACAGGAGAGGAGAGAGCGGGGAAUUGGAGCUCGAAAGUAAUUAUGCUGAUGUGGAUGAAGACAUGUUGCAUUAUUCUCCAUUCGUAUGGAGUUUCCAUUUCCGGAGGGAUGGUAUGUCGAUUUAGGAAAGAAGGGGUAAAGAGUUCCGAUUUUAUUAAUCAGUUAGGGUUAUGGAUACCUUCAAGUAGUAUACUCAUAAAUUAGUUAGUGUGUAGUUAACUAAGAAUUCGGUUCUUUGCUACCUUGUUAAACUGGAUGCAGGCUCAUUAAUCCUUUUAGAUUAGUUAUGAAAUGAUGAGCUAAGGUAUGAAAGUUGAUAUGUUUGUCAUUGAAUUG